GAAACUUCUGCUGAGGCCUUAGUGAGCUUAAAAGGUAAGGCUGUCUAGCACAUUAUAUUCUAAGAUAAUUAAUGUAGUCGUAUCCACCUUUCGUUUCUUUUGUAUUAAGUAAUGGUCCAGAUAAGAAAAGAACCAAACGAAAUGAACACGUCGGAAUGCAAAAAGGUACCAUUCACCAUUGUCUCUACCACACUGCUGAUUGGUUUAAACAUCAAAUUUUUUGAAAUCUUUGCAAAGCAGCAUGUUUAUCAAUCUCUUGUUUUCUAACCAACUUCCUUACAAUAAAAUCUCCUCUGAAUCUAAGUAACACAGAAAUCCUACAUGUAUGUGUGGAACAUGUAAAAUUGCAAACUUUUCUUGGCUAUUGUUUUGAACUCUUAUGAUUGGUUGAAAUCUUUAAACACAAAAAACACCCUUUAAAAAUUCAUUUUAUUUGAAUUCGUAGACUGUCUUUUUGUAGGUUUAUGCAUUCUCUUUGUAAAAAAUAAUAACAAUAAUAACCUACAUAAUAUAAUACAUGGCAGGGUCACCACAGCAGAUAAACCUGUUACUGUGGGCCUGUUUAGGACUAGCCUGAAUUUGAGAUGAUUACUUCAAGUUGUUUUUAAUCCCUCAGUAACGUCUGAAUUAACCGUUAAUGCUGUCCAGUGACGUCACUACUCCUUUGCUUUAAUUCAUGCAAAAAGUAAAACAUGAUUUUCAGCUGGUAAACAAAGAAAUAUCGUCUGGAAAUGUCCACUUGAUACAGAAUUGCUUUACUCUUUUUUUUCUUUUUUUUUAUUGGAAUUCGUGUGUAGUUACGUUGAAACGGUCAACUGUAUGGGGUUCUCUGAACUACAAGAAGGUCAAAUUAUAACUUAAAUCCCAGAAAACUUUGCACAAACAGACUGGCUGCCGAAACCACAAAGCGGCUCUAAAUGAAAAACUUACUAAUUCGCCGCAAUGAUUCUUCAUUUGUAGUUCAAUUUAACAAUUCAUAAUGUUAAAGACAAGGGCAAUUUUGCUGUUUACGAUAAAGAUUGUCGAAAUUUUUGAACUCCACACAAGCAUGCCAGGCAUGUAAUCCGCUGAAUAUUAAAUGACAAUUUCAAACGACAAUCCUGCUAAACUUUAUUAUAAUUGUACAUAAUUAUGCAAAUGUUUGGGCAAUCAACCAAUCAAAAUCACUACCCGGUUUUCCGGUAGUGACGUCACUGGACAGCAUUAACGGCUGGUCGAUUCAGAUGUUGCUGAGAGGAGGAAACGAUGCAAAGUAAUUGUCUGAAUUUCAGGCUAGUUUAGGACAGACUCACACAAAAUUAUGUACCUGUGUUGGACAGAGAGGUCUGUUCAGUGCCACAGGUGAUCUCCGACUGAAAAUGAUCCCCAGACGGCAAAUGAUCCCCAAGAUGGACCGCAAAUGAUCUUCAACUGUAACUUAUCCCCAUUGUCUACCCCAAAAUAAUGACCCCAUGAAAAUUAGAAGAAUGGAAUGGAUUUUAGGCAUGGACGGUAACUGAUGCUGGGAACGUGAACAAGGUGUAAAACAAUGAAAUGAAAAAACAAUAAGUUACCAUUCUGCUUCUCUGGGCAAUGGUUUCUCCUUUUUCUUAAGCAAUGAUCUUUCGUUGUUGUGAAAACUUAAGACAGGAAGGAUGUCUGGCAGGAAAUUUGUAUUUUGCUUUAAUGCCAUUAAAAUUAAUAUGGAAAUAUGUCUCUGUGUGUGCCUUCGUGGCAUGGUACAGACAUGAGAAAGAUAAAGAAUCAGGAAAUGAGACACAGAACGAGUAAGCAUAAUUUUCACACUAGAGUGAAUCUUCGCAUCAUUGUCAGAAAUAUUUUAUCCAAUUUAACAAAAGUGCAUGUUUGUCGGAGUUAAGUUCAUUUUAACUUAAAUGUGAACCAGAAAUAUAUUAUGCCAGAGCUAUUUUCUUGUUUCACUGAUACUUUAAGUUUAUUUCUUUGUUGCAUUUAUUUGUAUUUCAUUGACUCAAUUCUUUUUUUCUCUGAGGCAAAAUUUAUACAUUUUGUUGUGAUAAUAAACUAGAAACAAUGAUUCAAUAACUUGAGUCCAUGCUAAUCUUAUUUUCUCUCCGGAUCAUUUGCAAUCAACAAUGGGGAUGACUUAUGGUCAAGGAUCAUUUGCGGUCCAUUUUGGGGAUCAUUUGUGGACUGGGGAUCAUUUGCAGUUGGGGAUCAUUUGCAGUACUUUACAGAUCUUUAACCAUACCCUGUGUGGCAGUACACCCCUGUAUAGGCCAUUUAAGGGAGUACAGCCCCAAGGUUAUGUGAGUGGACAAUAGGAAUCCUGUGUUCUGAUUGGCUAUGUGUGUGGGCAAUAUUGGCGUAACAAUUUAGCACAGGGCUGUUAUCUAGCAGGGCACAGUGUCCCUGGAGGUCUUACUUGCUGUGUCUUUGAAUAGGACUAUGGCUACAUGUAAGUGUCUGCUCAUGGAAGGUGCCUGUCCAUCUACUGGAAGUCCUUUUAGUGGAAGUUUGACUAAACAUGGUUUACAAUAAUUGAAAUACUCAUAUUAAUGUUUAUAUGUGAUUGAUUUGCAGGCAUUGGCUCACAGUCUCCAUUUAGUUCACCUGUGAGACGAACUACACCAGUAAGUAAAUAAACCCUUUUCUUCCUAAGAGUGAUUGUCUGUAGAGUGUGAUUAUUCCAGCUCUCUUAAAUUGUCAAGGACUGCACUGCAGUUCAGAAAGAGAAAGAAAAAAGUUUCCCCUUUAUUGUCUCUUAUAGAAUUUGACUUUAGAGAAUUUCAUGUUGUGUCAUGCAGGGGACUCUACAAAAAAGUAAAAUGCUUGUACAAAGAUUUUUUUGGCAUUUUUGACAUUAUUCUUGUGGCUGGUGCAAUAAACUGUCAUUACUAAAACUCUUGAACAUUCACAGAAAGUGGAAUUAGCCAGGGGAAUGGCAAAUUUCACUUCUUUGCUUAAUUCUGUGAACAUUUUUUAUCUCUGUUUUCAAGUUGAGAGUCUAAGUGUACCGUAUUUCCUUGAAUAAUAGCUGGGGGCAAUUAUUAUUUUUUCACACAAAAGGGGCCGGCGAUUAUUCGAGAGAAGGUGCGAUUAUUCAAGGGAAGCGACUAUUUCAAAAUAAUAUACAGAUUUUUUUUCAUUAAAUAAACUGAACAUGGCCUCUUUAAGUGUUCCAAAUUUGGUUCCUUGAUGAAUUUUCAAUGCCAAUAUCCCUGGUGUCAGUGCUUGAAUCACCCUGAUCAGUAUUACUGGAUCAGACUCCACUUUAACUUGACGGGGAGGGUAUAAAAGAAAGAGAAGAUGGCGAAAGGGGUGGUGGGGGGAGAUUUUUUGAGGGAAGUGAUUAUUUUAAAUAUUUCCGUUUAAAGGGGGCGUUUAUUCCAGGGAGGCAAUUAAUCAAGGGACGGCUACUAUUCAAGGAAAGAGAGUAUUUUGCCUUAAAUUUAUUCUUUAUAGUCGCGUACAAAGAAAAGAACCCGGCAGCUGGAUGAUAGUUUAGAAGAUACCGACCAAGACACAGGCACUGAUGAAGGGGUAUGUAUAAUGAAGAAACACUUUGGUGCUCACUAACUGUAAACCUGAUAAAUAGUGCUGUUUGAAUCCCUCUAGUUGACUUCUGGGUACAGUGCUUACCUGUAUGUAUCAGAGUGCAUUAAAGAACACAGCUAUUAAACCAUGAAGCCCAAAAGUGGCCAUUAUGAGUACUCCUUUUUUCUAACGAAGUAUAGGAGAAUCUCAUCACGAGAUAAGUUAUAAUAAUUUUUAUAAUCGUCACCAAAGAGAAAAUGCAUUGAUCUUUAAAUAAAUUCUUUUAACUAAGGUUGGAGAUCAGUCUGGAGAAUUUGUUUGUGAAUAUUGGGGUUUAAAGGUUUGAAGAAGGAUGUAAAAAAUAAGAAAAGAAAACUUGCAACAUGUAGCACUAGUGUUUUGGGUAAGUGAGGGUUCCAGCACCUACAUGUAGCAAAUAGCCUGACUCCUGGCUUUAUGUGUUGUGGUCUUUGUGCUCAGUAGUCCUUUGAGCUAAUCCAGCCAUGGUGGCCACAUGACGGCAGAGAUACGCGUAGACCCACAGCACAAGGGACUGCAUCCCCUACCCUUUACAAACAGUGUGUGGGUUCUUUAACAUUCCACAGAUUUUAAAUGACCAAGUGUUUUGAGAAGGGACCAGAAAGGGUUUACAAAUUCGGCAUUAUCUGUAAAGACUACAAAGUUAUACCUCACAUGUAUGCACACGUCAUGGCAAAGGCAGCAUUUUCUUCUCAGUCAAGGACCCUGAAUGUUGGCCUGGUCAAGUUUAAACCCUGUGGCCUUCUGUUUGGCAGAUCAGGGCUCAUCUAAUUCAGCUGGCACUUAGUGAGCUGCAGCAGAUAAUUUCUAUGACUAAUGUAAAAACAUAAGCAGUUUUAAUUAAAUUUGUCUUCAGUCUGAAUUGGUUUAAUUUUUCUAUUUUCUCUUUUCUAUUUGAAGGAAUUUUCACUGUCCUCCCCAAGAACAAGGUUUGUUUUGUUGUUUUUCUGUUAUUUGACCUUCUUCAUGUUGUUUAUUAACUUCUAUGUUCUACUAGUCACUUGUUACCUCAGGUUUUGUCUGAAUGGUUACACUUUAGGCCAUAAAUCCCUAAGCAACAAGAUGCUAUUGGAGCAUACACUUGGACGUCCUUACAUCACGCGCAUGUCAGGAUUUUUUGGUCAGGCACACAUGAGUGCCGCAAUGUUGUUAAUUGUUGACUGUUGGUUGAAUUGGGUGAAAAAAGAGACAUGGGCAAAAUUUUCCUCGAAAUUCCUAAUGUAAGCUGGCUCACCAAAAUACCAAAUGCCCACUAUUACCAAGAAAUGUUAUGAACUGAGAGCAGUGUCUCCAUUUCGAUUGGCAAGUGAACAUGUGAGUGAGCAGCGAAGCUGUGGAGGGCACGAAGAGCUCUCACUUUCUUUCCCUGCACCUUGCUCCUGCAUCUCAUUUCGCUUGUCACUUCUCUCAGAGAGCUUGCUCGCAGGCUGUUAAGGUUUUCACUUUUGUUAGAGAUACCCACACCCACACCCCCAAAAGCAUUUGCCAAGUGCUGACAUCAUCUUUGGCUCCCGACAUCUGAGCAAGAGCAGACAAAGUCGCUCAAACUCUCGUCUCUAGCAAGAGUCUUCUCUGGACUUCUCUGGUAACUUCUUAUGACGAACUGGUCUUGUAGAUGAUCGUCGUCUGUAGAAGUUCUGAAUUUUCCACAAUCCGUCUCAAGGUCUGUCAGGGCUGGUCUUUUUGAGACAGCAUUCUUUUCCUUUCCACCAUCCGUCUCAAGAUACAUGGCAGACAGUCUUGUUAGAGUAGGACUCUCUGCUUGAAUAUACUUUUUCACAUGCACAGUAUUCCUUUUUAACUGAACAACCUCAGUAGACUUGAUAGUAAAGCUUCUGCCAUUCCUGCUAACAACAUCAUAUGGUUCUGGUGCAAAUGCUGUGGACAGCUUGUCUUAGCGACACUCUGUUGCCUGGAACCAGGUCUGAAUACUCUGCAUGCCUCUUCCUGUCUGCUUAAAACUUAGCUUUUACUUUCGUUUCUCCAUCUCUGUCUUGUAAUUCACUCAUUAUACAGUCUUCAUGGAAUUCAAGUAACUUGGUCCGGAUUUUCCUUGCAAAUAGAAGUUCAGCUGGACUCACUGCAGUGGUGGUGUGAGGAGUCGAUCUGUUUGCUAUCAAGUAUUUGCGAACUUCUUUCUUCCACUGUUUCCCCUUGGCUUGCGCUAUCUGCAACCUUUUCAAAAGAGUUGGUUCUGCCUUUCCACUUCGCCAUUUGCUUGGGGCCAUAAUGGUAUGGUUCUCCUGUGUUCGAUACCACAGCCUUCCAAAUAUCUUUCAAACAGCCCAUGUUACUGGUUACUGAUAGUGGUAACCCAUGAAUCAUGAAGAUUCUCUCCAGACUCUUAAUGAUCUCCGCAUAUGUUGUGGAACACAUGAUCUCAGUUUCAUAAUAUCUGCUGAAGUAGUCAACCAUGACUAACACAGAGUCACCGGACAGUAAAGGACCCAAUAAAUCCAGGGCCAAGUCUUGCCAUGGACCUUGUGUUAAGGAGGUUGACUUGAUUGGCUCACUCAGGGUGGGCAGGACUGCUUACUAGCUAGCAUCCCAAACGCGUUUUACAAAAUCCUUCUGUCUCUUUGUCAAUCCCGGACUACCAUACUUUUGAUGACAACCUCUGCUUCAUACUAACAAUACCGCGAUGCCCUUCAUGUGCCAGCAUAAGGACUCAUGGUCUCAACUUGCUAGGUACUACAAUUCUGGUGCCAUGGGGGUUUUGCUUGCCAAUCACACGCAGUUCAUUGGCUACAGAUAUGUACUGCUUGAGCUGACCAUCCCUCCAGGUUGUGCUCUUUAUACAUUGAUGCAGCUCACUGAAUUCUUUUAUUUUCUGCCAACACUUCUAAAAUCUCGUGUGUCAUCAUCGCGUGGCGUAGCGGUUACUGCCACAAAUGUGACAAAUAAUUCAUCCGAUGCUUUGUGCACUGCCAAAGGACCUGCUUGGUUUUCUACAUGCAGUAAGCGUGAUAAGGAAUCUACAAUGUUCUGCUCUCCUGGCAAGUACUUAACUUUGAACCUGUAAGGUUGUAGCCUCAGGAUCCAUCGCUAAAUUCUUAUGCAUGGCUUGAUCUGCUUGAGUAUAUUAUUCGGGCUUCUUUGUCAAAAUAUCCAAGGGUCUCUGCACUUGCUAUUCUGCUCUUCAGCUCAUUGAAUGCUCUUCUCUGCCAUCUCCAAACCUGAAACACACCACUUUCUUUGAUAAGUUACAAACAGGUUCAGCUACUGUUGCAAAGUCUGGGAUAAACUGCACAUUGUAGUUAGCUAGUGCUAGAAAGCUUCUAACUUCCAAGGCAUUCUUCGGCUCCCUUGCCUUAACAACAGCUUUCCCUUUCUCUUCAGCUGGUCCAAUGCCCUUGUUUGUUAGCAUCAGUCCUAUAAACACUAGCUUGGUCAUUUAAAACUUUCACUUCUCUGCAUUUAGUGUCAGGUUUUUAUUUUAAUUUUUCCAAACCUCGCUUUGAACUCUUAUCAUGCUCCUUAGUGGUUUUCCCCUGCACAAUUAUGCCAUUGGAGAUGUUUGCAACUCCCUCACAGUCACUAAGCGCUUGCUGAAUAACAUGCUGAUACACUUCUGGGGCUGAACUUGUUCCAAUUACAGAUGCAUAUAUUGAAACAAUCCACACUGUAUGAUGAAGGUAGUAAUGCCAUAGGAAUCUGGAUGGAGCUCUAGCUGAUGGUAACCUGACUUUAAAUCAAGCUUGCUAAACACUGUGCUUUGGUUGAGGCUUUUGAGUACUUCAUCCAUGGUAGCUAUGGGGUAGCAUUCUCUGAUUAUUGUUACAUUGGCUCUACGCAUGUCCACACAGAGCUGAAUUUCAUCAUUCUAUUUUGGCACCACCACCACUGGACUAACCCAUGGUGUCGGGCCCUUUACUGGCUCAUUUGAAUAAUAUCCAUACAAGUUCCUUGCCUUGUCACAGAGGCUGAACAGAGUGUGCCUGAUUAGCUGAGCCACCGGGGGUACAUUGGGAUUAACAUGUAACUUGACCUGAACACCCGUUCAGGCUGAUAUUCUUUUGGCUUGCCCACACCAUCAAACACUUUUUUUGUUAUCUGACAUGAUCUCCUCUUUAGACUGCAGCGCAUAAACUGGAACAUCUAACUUCAACACUCCUAGUCGCCGGACAGUUUCUCUUCCAGGCAGUGCUUUUCCUUCACCAUCAAUGACAACAAAUUCAGCUUGAACUUCAUUCUCAGCCACUUUUGUCAAUGUUGAAAAUGUCCCCAACUUUUAUUUAAUGGCUCCUUGUUUCCAUAUCAUAAAGCCUCUUGUCACACUUCUUGGAUGCACAGUCUAUCUUUGGCUGCUUUAGCUCACUCCAUAGGCCUUUGUCUACAACAUUAGUGCUCGCCCCUGAAUCAAUCGCCAUUUUCACAACACAUCCACCCACAAUCACCUCCACUUUUUUAGGCUGUGUCACCGAUUUUACAGUGAAGACAUACUCAUCUUCCUCAUCAUCAUCUCCUCCCUUCAUGUAUCUCACCUUUACCUUCUCUUUUAGCUCCUUAUUGGUUCUUGCUUUGCCGGUCUUGGUUCUGCAUUGCAAAGGAAAAUGAUCAGCGGCAGCCCAUGUCUUGCAGGUUUUUCCUUUCGCUACCACAGCUGUUGACGGCUACAACCCCGCUUUGUUUUGGGAUCUAUCAGUGUCGUGUUGAUCAGCCCUGUAGAAUUCAGUGUGUCUAUAAAUUGUUGCUGUUUUCGAACUGUUUUAUGAUGAAUUUAAUGUUACAAAAUGCUACACAAAGUCGUUUUGUCUUUGUUGAGUUUACCUAAAUGUAUUAAUAUUGGUUUUUACCCCAACAUCAAACAAAAACAUUUAGCCAAUUUCACGCUCCUUACCCAUGCCUCACACAACUUUAAUCAGUACAUGAGACUACUAUGAUCUUUUUGAAGCCUGAUGUAAAAAAAGAGUAGAAGACUCGUUUUUCAACGUUUCUAUUGUUACUCACCACCAGUAACCUCAUGAGUCUUGAGUUCUCGUCUUGACCAUGUUUAAUAGUAUAAGAAAUUACGGCAAAGCAUUUUCACCAUUUUAAAACAGCAUCGGGAUACUCUUCAGUUUGGAAACCUAGAAACAGAGCGAUUUCUUCCUAUAAUUGGGGAUAUAUCUCGCAAAAAGUGAUUGGAAUUGACGGGUUUUGCUAAAGACGGGAGUUUGAGCAAAUUUGUUCACUCUUGCUCAGAUGCCGAAAGCCAUAGGAGACGUCAGCACUUCACAAAUGCUUUUGGGGGUACAGGUACACUUGGAAUUGAGUGAGCUAUUAUGAUGACGAUGCAAUCAUCUCUCACAAAUUGAAAGCUGUAACAGCCUGCGAGCAAUCUUUCCGAGAGAAGUCACUUGCGAGUGGCAAGUGAAACAAGACAUGAGAGCUUUGCUGCUCAUUCACUUGUUCGCUUGCUACUCGAAGUGGAGAGGUUGCUCUCAGUCCACAACGAUUAUAGCCAUUAGCAACGGGAAUAAUUCCUUGUAUGUAAUGGAUAAAGGUUGUUGAGCAGAGGACUAUUCGCCAACAAACCACUGGUCAUUAAAAAUGGCCCCAUAACCCCCUGCACCAGCAGCAACUGAAGAGAUGUGAAAGUUAGGUAGAGGUGCCCACUGUGAUGAAAGUAGGAAACUGAAACUGUCCCAGGAAUGGAAAAGGUCUCUCCACCAGGUAAAGUUGAAACGGAAGUCGCUGAUCAGCUUGAUCGGGUGGUCAUCCCGUCAAAGGCGGACAACAAAUAAAUAAUUUGACGCAGAAAAGUCCGACCUGGGGGAAUCACUUUACAAGCAUGUUGUCAUAGAUCGCCAAUGAAAGAUUCCAGUUCCCUCCUCGUACAGUGCUGUUUGGAAGACCAGGUAUCCAAAAGAGCAGCAAUAUGGUCAAACUUCUCCUGAGAGAGGCAAGCCCGAAAAGUCAGCGAGUCCAACUCAGUGCCUAGGACAGUCAGACACAUGGAAGGGCCCUGAAGCCUAUCAGGGUGGAGGGGAAUACCACCCUCUGAAAACUGAAGAACACAGAUAUCCAGAUUUUGUUGGCAAACAGGAGAGUCAAGAGGGCCCAAGGUAUGGAAGUCAUCCAAGUAAUGUAAUAGAAAUUGUACUUCAUAAUUGUGUUUUAGAAUCCACUCAAGCAGGUCAGCAAAGGAAGAGAACAUGAGAGGAGCUGAGCGUAAACCAAAGGGUAGGGCCAAAUCGGUGAAGUAUUCCCCCUGCCAUUUUAUGCCUAACAGGUAACAGUCAUCAGAAUGCACAGGAAUGAUGCAAUAUGCGCUUUCUACGUCAAAUUUAGCCAAAGAGUUCCCCGACCAUGGGUCAUGAUGCCAUCAAUGAUAUUGUCAACCUUCAUGUACUGAACUAAAAAUGGGUCUUUUGGAAUCCCGUCAUUAACACUGUGACCUUGGGGACUAGACGAGUCCAAAAUAGGCCGCCAUUUGCCGGGCUGGUAUUUCUUUGGAUUAUUCCAAAGAGACUGAUGUGAAGGUUUGGUAAAGGAGAGAUUGAGAAGGGGCCAGCAACACGAACUUUCUCAAGUUCUGUGAUGAGAUAGUGGUCAAUUACCGAAGGCUGAAAACACACCGUAGGCAUCUUUGGCCUUGCCGGCGAAAACCAAAGCUAAGAGCAGAAAUUACAUAGUCCACCAACGCUUGAUUUGGGUGAAGGAAUAACUCAUGCUGAAGUUUGCAGGUGGUGAUUGGGGUAACCCUGGAUGGAGGGACCAGUUCUUGAUGUACAGAUCGUGGAAAGGAGGACAACUUGAAGCCAAGAGGAUUCGCUGACAUUAACUGGCAUUGGCAGGUAAUUUUUUAAUCGAAAUGGCAGCAUUCACCGAAAUCGGUAACAAAUCAUUUGAGGCCUGAACUGAAUGUGACAUAUUUAUACUAUGUACAGACGUGAACUGGCAUGUGGCAGGUAAAUCAGUAACAGAAAGAGAUGCGUUAUCGGAAACGGUGAACAAACUGCCUUCAGAUUGAACAGAACAUAACGUAUUUACACUAUGUACAAGGUCCUUUUGACAAGUACCACUAUGAGGACACGUGAAAAGAACCCCCCACAGUUGACGCGGGGGUGGCCGCCUUCACACUUCUCACAGCAGUGAUGGUAGUGGCACUGACCAAAGGGCCAUUGGCAGGAACCAUCAUUUCAUGCGUGACAGAAAUUGGACGACAGGGCAGAGGAACAAGAGGCCUGUGGCGAGCCAUUUUAGGAGGAGCCUGACUGAAAUGGUUAACUGCGAGUAAGAAAAUUGUAAAGAUCCAGAUUCAUGCGGGACCAGUCUGUCAGACCAGAUGCUGCUGCAUCCUUAUGAAAGGCAACGUCAUAGUGGAGCCAGGCUUUCCCAGGGAAUUGGCGGGAAGUCUUGAUAAUUAGCAGCUUGCAUUGAGUGAGAUUGUGCCACCUGGAAGGGUGUGCACUGCGGAAGAUCCAAGAGAAUAAUGGUGAAAGUAAUGAUGUUUGUAAUCUCCUGGACCCUCUUAUUAGAAGAUGAGACCAGAAGUUUGCCAUCCAAAAAGGUGUGGGGUUCUGACUCCUGAGCGUUAAGAUUUUCUGCCAACAAGUCAGCCAGAUCAACAAACUGCCCAGUUCAGAUCUUUGUCAUCAACGGGAUAGGUGAGUAUCCAGAACCCACAACAAAUGGCCUAUUUAGUGAUAGCACCGCACAAAUAGUAGAUGUAGCAGGGAUGGAAGACCCUAAAAGUGGCAAAGAUGAGGCAUGCCUGCCGGGAAUAGCCAGUGGUCCACUCAUGGCACUGCCAGCAGCACACGAAGAUGGUGCCCCCACUAUAGAAGGGUUGCAUAAAGACAAAUUUCUAGGUUACAAUAUGUAGAAAUAAAAGAAGUUACGCUGAGGAUGUUACCUGAUGAAUGGCGUGCGGAGGAGGACGAUCGAGACGAGGUCAAAGUGGUAUUAGAAGACGUUUACAACGGUGUCACAUUUCCUGCCGAUGAAGAUGUCGCCGAAGCUAAUCCCGUCGUUGUAGAAUGGUUCUGCAUCGCCGAGAGAAUUCUUGGUAAAGACUCGCUCCGGGCAUGAUGCACAACACCUUGAUAUUCUAACGAUCAUCUUUCCAAUCAAAACUUUUCAGAAGCAACUCAAAGUCUUGCAAGAUUCUUCAAAAACAAUGUUUUUCCAUAUUCUCUGAAAGCUUUGCCUAACAAAAUGAGAAGAAAAUAUAGAAAACUCAAAAGAUUGUCCAUCCUCGCCAAGAUUUCCGCUUCGGACAACAUGGGAAAACGAGACUGCAAUAUCCAAGUUUUGGCUAUGUGGAGGUCAGCGGCUAAAGUUGCAUCAUGACGUGGAUGGUUGCCCACUUUAUUUUUGGCCUUCGGAAUGACCUGACAGUAAAUUUGAACUUGAUGCGAACAAAAAUAAUACUUCAAAGCCUUUCCUUGAUACUUUCAGAGGACCACAAAUGAUAGAUCUUUGACUAUUUUUGCUUCGAAGCAAGUGAACUGUUGUGACCAUCGUUAAACUAAUAAACCAGAAGUUAAGAUAGAGGAAAACCAAGUAAUUUUCACCACUUGCUCCUUUUCAAUCAUUUUAUCGUUACAAUCAUUUUCAAUUGAACCAAACGAUUAUUUUUGUCUCUUUUCUUUCAUUUUCUGCCCGGAACCCACAGGGCAUGAUAUUAUAGCCUAAUUUUCACACGAUCGACCACAUUUGGUCUCGGUAGCACAAUUGGCAAAUCUGUCAACUUAGCAUCUGAUCUGAUGGGUUCGGUUCAAAUCCUAUUUAUUCCUCACGUGAAACGAAAGAACUCGAUUUGAUCUCAAGAUAUCUGGAAGUUAUUCCGGUCUCACUUCGUGAAAUAGCCGAAACAAGCCGAAAAGUCACGAACUUGUAUGCUUAAUCUUUUCCUGAAACUAGUGCAUAAGUUCAUGGCUAUUUUUCACAUUCCAAACUACCUUAAGUCAUAGCUAGUGGUUCAAUCAGCUAAUCCCUCAAUGUAUGAGUCUCCUCUGAUCUGACAGGUUACACAGGUGAGUCGGUUUAAACCCCAGGCAAACCAAAAUAAUAAUUCUUUCUCCCUUGAAUAAGAUAAAGAAUAAAUAAAAGCACUCAAAGUGAUCUCAUCAAGAUAUCUCAAAGUCAUACGGCUCUCGCUUCGUCAAACAGCAAGCUCAAACUGAAAACCUACGGACUUUGCGUGCCCAAUCUUGUCUCAAAAAAGCAACUUUGGGAUAUUCCUGAGCGUCGAGAAUCCUUUACUUGACCCUCCACCCAAGUAAUAAAAGCAGCUUUUUGGGACAAAACCUCAGCCUCUUUUUCUCCUGAGCACUACAGGCUUGGUUUUAAUUUCUUAUUUUAGCCAGUGUGAGACAUGAUCAGGUGCUGACAUCUAAGCUGAACAAUAACACCUAAAGGCUCACUUAGAAGUAAGGAUUCCGCUACAAGAACAUUUUGAAAGAAAUCUCUAGAUUUUCAGAGAAUUUUUUCAAAAAAAUUCCACAUCAAUCCUCCUUUAGAGAGCAAAUAAUAUUAAUGACUGUUACACUUUCCUCAGGGACAUUGAAAUAUAGCACUUCUCGAGUAAAAAGCCCACUGUUUCCUUGAUAAAGACUGUGACAGUUUACAAAUGUGUCAAAAUAGUCCUCCAACUGUAUUUUUUACUUGAUGCGUGGCUUUCAAAUUAAUUCAUGUUUUCACAAAUGGCCAGAUAUCCAGGAAUAGGUUUAAAGGUCCCAAAAACCUCCUUUUAGUUUGCCUGAGUUUGGACACAGUAAUUUUUGUUGUGUUCGUUCUUUAAACAACUGGUUUCCUUCUUUUGUUUCUCAGGAGGAUGGGAAGCUUGAGAACAGUAUCUAUGGUAGGAAACUCAGUGUUAACCUUUUGAUUUUGUAAAUUAAUUUGUAUUAAUAGGCUCCUUUAAAGUUAUUAGCAUUUCAUUUCAUGGCAGUGAGGCCCAGAGGCCACAAAAGUAAAAAAAGAAACAGACAUGUAUUUUUCAUACCAUUGUGUUCAUUGUUUUUGUCACCUUGACCAUCAACUUGAAUUUUUAAUGUAGUGAGGAGCCUACUAGUGUUUUCUUUCGAGUUUGUUCUCACAUUAUUUUUGUGUGAGGAAUGUACAUGAAAUAAAUCGUAUAAAAUUAUUAGAACAGUUGUGAACGCAAUUUAUGAACACAUAAUUGACCAGCUCAUAACAUCAGUGGCUUCAUAGCUUAGUUGGUUAGAGCGUUGCACCGGUAUCGCGAGGUCAAGGGUUCAAAUCCUAUCAAAGUGCUGAAUUUUUUUUUUCGUUCAUAACUGCGAGGAUCAUUCUUCAUUUGAUCAUUUUUGUUAUGUCAAAUUUGAUGAAAAGAAGCUACCCACCAUAUUAUAAUCUAUAGUCAAACCUCUGUUGACAAAUGCCUCUUGUCAGCUCACACCUCCCAUAUGCCUACGACUUUAUUUUUUUGUGAAAUGUUGAAACAUUCCUUCAUUUUGUUUUAACUAAAGUUUGCCACAUUUUUCUCUGAUUUUGUCAAAUGUCUUACUAUCUAACUUUGUAAGGCUUUUUUUAUCAUCAUGUUUUGGAUCAGGAUAGGUCAAUAAAAUCCAUCAGUAUAUACGGGACUGAGGUAAAAAUUUUUUCAGAAUGACUGGGUUAAAAGACCCUGUUGGGGAUGCUUAUUAAAACGCACAGAUCUUUUCAAUUCUUGAACGUAUUUUUCUUAAUUUUAACCAUUGUAAGACAUAGAUGUAAUUGACCAUUGAAAACAUACAUGUAAAUGUUCUUUGUCCCUAAUAAACCUAGGCUGCAAACUUAAUUGGAAAUGGAAACACAGACAAGAAGCUUGCCAAGGUAUUUUUAUUUUAUUUUGUUGAUAACAGAACUAUUGCUUUGUGUAUUGCAUACAUGUGUAGCUCUUAUAAACAGCCAUAAAGUGCUGCAAAGAAAGCUUAGUUUCCUUCCGUUGUGUGUUUACAAUCAUGGAUUGGAGAUCGCCAAAAAAAAAUUAUUUACAAGGAACAACUCUUCUAGAAAUGUGGGGAUCAUGGCGAUGUUUGUCAGUGAUACAUGUAGACCUCAGGCUUUACACCGGUUUCGCUACUUGUCAAAUCCUCCAUGUUCGACUUAAGUACCCACAUAAAAGGCUUGCUGCCUUGAAAACUUGUCCCUGGAAAAACAUACAAGAAGAUUUUUUUCUGGGGUGAUUAACAUAUUUUAUGUACAUUGUGCUGUUUGAUGGUUUAAAACAGACACUAAUGUGUCGCAAAUGGUCUAGAUAACUAUGAGGUAAUGAAUUCGUCAGAUAGCAAAAUCAGUUGCUACCCUCCUCAGUUCUAUCGCGAGGGUGGUCUCCAUCCAAUUUGCAACUGUUUUUCAGAUCAAUGUACCUUUUCAGUGAUAUGAUAAUAGGAAACUUUAUCUCAGAUGUGUAAUUCGUGGACUGCCCUUAUCACAGACGAAACUAAACUCCGGUUAAGUUCAUCUGAGAAAAAGCGCCAAAAUCCUUGUUCUGGAUCCCUACCUGUGUACCAGGAUUUGAGUACACGCCAUGAUUGGCUUGUUAAAAAAGCCAUCGCUGAUUUACCAAUAAGGUUGAAGGGAAAUUCGAAAUUCACUUCCAGUAAUUUGUAGGCUCCAUUGGGAGCCCAGAACAAGAAUCAAACUACCCUUGUGCACCCUUGAAAAGUUUAUGUAUAGAAUUAUGUAUAAAUUAUGUAUGUUUGAUUCAUUGACAUUUACGUCGGCCCUAUUAAAUUCUCUUGUUAUUUUACACUCUAGGUAGAUGUCUGAGUUACAUAGCCAUUUAUUAAAUAACAAACUUUCAUAUAAUUUUUGUCUUCUUAGGCUUCAUUUGCUAAACUACAAAACCUUCUGAAAUUACCCAAGGCAGCCAGAUGGUGCUACUUUGAAUGGUUUUACUCUAGUUUAGACAGGUACAGUUUUUAGUAAGGAGUCACAGCUUGCAGUGUCAGUUUGAUUGUCAUAUUACCAGUCAUACAUCGAAUCCCAGUAGUGCUUUGUUCAAGCCUCUCUUUGAACACAAUCGCAAGCUAGGGUUUGCUAUGUGGUCUGGAGAUAAAUUAAUAUUAACACCAGACUUAAAAUUCUUGCCUAAUUCCUGAAGGGCUGAUUAGUGAUAAUCUAGGUGGUAAAAUGACAAUGGUUUUACCUUCCUAUACAGCACAUAGAUUGUUAACGGUAUCGGUAUUUGUGUCAUCAUAGCUGGCAACCUUCCUAUUUCUAGACAAGAAAACAUCACUUGGCUAAUGGUGCUGGUAAAUAUAACUCCCUUUAAUGGUCGUUUCUUUCCUUGUCUUUUCUUUUCUUUUAUUUAGGGUCUUAUUUGAAGGCAUUAAUGACUUUCAUGUUUGCUUGAAGGAGUCAUUUCCAAACUUAAAGGUUGGUGUUUUCUUUUUCAAUUUGUUUCAUGGUUAAGUUAGUUCUCUUUGUGUAAUCAGUCAGUCGAUGUUCGGUCCAUAACUUAAGCGUAAAAAGAGAUAAUUUACUCUCCCUCAAUUACUCUACUGUAACUUAUGUCGAUCCUUUCGUUUCCAUUAAAAAAACAACAACGAAGUGUAGUAUGACUGUGCUUUUUCGUCUUGGAGACGAGAAGAGAGAUGAACCAACAACCUGAGGUUUUAAGUGGCUGUCCACCUAAGAGCGGUCCGGCGAGUUUGCAAUCGCCCGUAAACCUUCCCUUUAUUUUUUGUGGGUGAAAAGGACUUAAUGAGGAAUUAUUAAAAUCGAACUAAUUUUUUUCAAAAUCCUAUUCUGUGCUUCGCUACAGCACAAAACUUCUUUCCUGUCUGAGAGCGCUUUUUCAACCUUUUUCGAAGGCCGAAAUUCAGUAAUUUUAAAAGCCGCGCUUCUUCGUAACGGAUAAAUAUCGCUAAAUUCUACAUAGUACAAUGGAUUUAGCUGCAGUUGACUUGUCCUUUAACGGAAUAUGGAAUAAUUUGACCCAAAAUUAAAUUAAAUUAAUAAAAUCAAACACAAGCCUCUUCGCGGUUUUUUUUCGCCCUUGACAAAUUCUUCCAAAGUAAAAGCUAAAAUCUCCAAAGCGGUAAAAAAAUAACAGGUAACAUGCACUUCACAGCUAAGAUCUUACCUUAUUCUGUCAGAAAAUAAUGUCAAAGGUGCGGGUAUCGUUCUGCGUUGGACGUGAUGAAACGUUUUUAAGAGCCUCUUUUCGGCAUUAUUUGCAUAGAUUUGCCCGCUUAACGGUUCACACACAACGACUUUAAUUUAGUAGAUAUUUUCUCAGCAGCUGAGAAUGUUGUUGUGUAUCCUCAAAAUAACGAACAUAUGUUUUCUUUUCACUAGCCUUUUUAAGUUUGUAUAAAUGAAAGCCGAAAAAAAUGUCAUAAAUUGACAUUCUUGAUCAACCCGUCGGAUAUGCAAAUCGUGCUUGUUUACAGCCAGGUUGUCCAUUUCAGCUAUGUUAAAAUCUCAAACUCUGUACGGUUAUUAAAUUCUUCUCAAAUGUAAUCAAUCUUCAGCUUGGAAACUUAGCAACUGGAUACCCUUUUUAAAAUAGAAAUUUAUCUCAUAUUCCAUUUGAGUUUCUUUUUCCGUUUCCAGCAUUUGACAUGAUUUGAAUUUGAAUUCCCUUAAUUUCUGUAGCCGCCCAUCCGCUAGCCUCGAAUUUGCAGACACCACUAGGAGAUUUUGGAAGUUUCUCGGUUGGCGGCAAUUUUUACAGUCUGACCCCGACACUCUGUCACUUUUUACACAAGUCUGUUUUCCCUUAUGGUCUGGAUAUCGACAUUCUGUGCGGCCAGUUGGAUUACCCCAGUCCUUCCCUAGGUUCGCACGAUGUAUCGGACAAGCAAACAUUUUUUCACCUUGUUGCGCAGUUUUACCAAAUACCCAGCCCGCUGCAAAGUAAGUUCGCUCUCUGUAAUAUUUUUUUUCGUUAAGUGACAACGCCUCGAAUGAGCCGUAAUAACGCUCACCUGUUACAUUGACUAAGAGGCAUCAACUUGCUUGCUCCUUUACAAACUCUCCAAAUCCGCUUUCAUUGCGUGACAACAAUCCCUAUAAUUAGCAUAUGACCAUGAAGAAAACCCAAAAGGAAAUUGAGCUGAAUUCAGUCUUUAUUAAAGAGCCUUUUAGUUGCUGAGACUCCAAACUCAAAAAGGGCUUCGUUUGAGCAGAAGUGAAUUGUAUUCUUUACGAUUUUGAAAAUUGCUGAAAUCGACAACCCGCUGCAAAUGAGCUUUUAAAUUUGCAUAAUGUACGAGUAGAUGAAGAAUUCCUACAUGUAUUUUAUGACAUUUUAUGCCGGUUUGCAGGCCUAAGAUGGCUUACAAAACAACAAAUGUGCGUUAUUUUGACGAAGCAUACCAAAACAAGAUUCUGCCCCGUGAGAAAAAUAUCAGCCUUAUCAUAUGAGUUUAAUUGUAGGCGCCAAACCUGCAAUUUUAGGUAAAUAUCGACAAAAGGAGCUCUCAAAAACGCUUGUUCGCGUCCGACGCAGAAUGAUACCCGCACCUUUGAGUUUAUUUUCUAACAGAAUAAGGUCAGAUCUUUGCUGUGAAGUGCAUUUUGCCCGUGAUUUUUGUACCGCUUUGGAGAUUUUAGCUUUUACUUUGGAGGAAUUUGUCAAGGGAGAAAAAAAACCGUAAAGUGGCUCGUCUUUGAUCUUAUUAAUUUUAUUUAAUUUUGCGUCAAAUUUUCCAAGAUACCGUCGUAGGACACGUCAAAUGCAGCUCAAUCCAUUGUACUAUGUAGAAUUUCGCGACAUUUAUCCGUUACGAAGAAGCGCGGCUUUUAAAAUUACUGAAUUUUGGCCAUUGAAUAAAGUUGAAAAAGGGCUCUCAGACAGGAAAGAAGUUUUAUGCUGUAGCGAAGCACAGAAAAAGAUUUUGAAAAAAAUUCGCUCGAUUUUAAUCAUUCCUCAUUAAGUCCUUUUCACCCACAAAAAAUAAAGGGAAGGUUUACGGGCGAUCCCAAACUCGCCGGACCGCUCUUAGGUGGACAGCCACUUAAAAAAGAAAAAAAGAAAGAGCAAAGAAAAAAAAGGUCACGAAUUUGGGGCAUCUGUGGUCAAAUCUCUUCCCUAACCGACAUAUUCUCAAAACGAAAAUUGGUCCCUGACGUUCUUCAGAAAUCUGCCUUGAUUUUCUGUAAGCAGGACACCGGCCUCUCUUAGACGAAAACCUAGUGCAAUUAACGAAAUGGUGUCUUCUUAUAGAGAAUUUAUUUUGUUGGUAGGUUAUUCAUUGUUACUUUUCCUAAUCUGGCUGUAUAGUAAAUUAUUUCCUGAAGUCACUUCUCUCCACCUGAAAUGUAGUCUUGCGAGAAUUCUCGCGGGUUAUUUCUGGGUUUUUAAGAGCUAGGCUGUGAUUGGCUUAUAAUAUCCUUCGUCUCAGAAAUCGUUUUGCGCUUCGGGCUCGGGUAGGGAGAAGCGACCGCCGAAAUAUGUCUUCGUUGGAAGGCUAACUGUAUCAGUGUAUGUCCAAAACGUGAGAUUGCACAGGGAUAUCUUUUCUUGAAAUAGUAAUACAUGUUUGUGAGUUGCACAAAUGCCACAAUAAUGUGACUUUAUUCCCAUUGUUUUCGUUUAUACCAAGACUCACAAACUACGGAGAGCAGAAUGGAGAGAGAUUAGACGUCUAAUGGGAAAACCACGAAGGUCAGUUUUAGAUAUGUAACGUUUAAAACACUAGUAGAAGUGUUUUAUGAGUUUUGAAAAACGAGGCGUACAUAAAUGUUUUUAAUACCGACAAAUCGGGAGUUUAUUUAACAGCUUAAAAAUCGUGUCUCUAGGUAUGUUCCUUCUUCUUAAAAGCUUUGAGUUUUUUUAUGAUUUUUCUCGGGAAAACCGGAGCUAAAACCUUAACAGUGUUUUAUGAAAUUUAAAACACUCAUUUCCCGCGUGAACUUGUCAGUGAACAGUAUGUUUUCUAAAGAAGGCGGGCUAUAUUGACUAUCCAUAAUUCAUAACAAGAGUGAAAAUCCCAAGUCCGCAAUGUAUUUCCCCGCUUUUUUUGAUUUACCAGCUUUUAAUAUCUAUUUAACUUUAUUUGAGACUUUGUUUAUACACCUUACACCUUUGUGUGGUUGCGUCAAGAAACACCUUUCUCCGGCAACCGUUGCACACUGUAACAAAAUACAGUCGAAGCUCUCGUAAGCGACCACUUCGGAAAUUCGAAAAAGUAGUCAUAACUAGCACUGGUCGCCUUCGAGAAUGAGCUCUCGUAAGCCACCGCAUGGUAAAUCAAUGCAGGGUGGUCGGUUGCUAGAGUUUCAGAAACUCAUUAAUAAUUCGUAAAGAAAAAAAAGGAAAUUAAUGUUUAAUGAGUGUCUUUAUAUCGGAUAUAGACACGGCUAAACUUUACGUCCAAUUUUUUAGACGAUUAGCGCAGUGUGCAGUUUCAUUAGUAUUGAUUUAUAUGAAUAAGACUGUGAGUGGUCGCAUACCAGAGCUUAAAAACAAAGGAAUAGUCCAGUUGGGUAAUUCCAAAAGUGGACGCGGUCGCCUACGGGAGCGGUCGCAAGGACAGCGUCGACUGUAAUGGUGAGACAGCAGAGUUAAGUCCACGAAAAGAAGACUUGCCUUCAGCCUCUACUUGCGCAACCGCUCAACGAUCUUUUCGGGCGUAUUGGACAUGUGUGGUGAUAAAAUCAAGAAUUUGGCGAUAAAUGCACCACUUCGCACAUCUAAGUUCACCACGCUACUUACAACGAAACAGCGAAGUGGUCCAUAUCAAGUUUUGAUCAUUAAUGUUAACUUACUACUCUGUGUGUCGGUAUGAUAUAAUCAAGAGUUUCAUGAACAAUACAGUCAGAAAUAAUCGUGCAGUAUUAAAGAGGCUUUUUUUAGAAGUUUGGGAACUUCAUUUUGUAAAAGCACUAUACCAAAUUUCAGUGUCAUUUUAUAUGACGCAUUACUUGAUAGGUGCCUCACGUUCGUUGGCAAUCGGUGGUUCUUUGGCGUGUUUCACAAAGCCUGCGAAUACAGCUCUCUUUCCUUGCUCCUCACCGCUGAGGAUGUUUCGCGGGAGAUACGUCUGCGUUUUGCCCCAAAAAUUCGAUACUGAUGACGUAGAUAUGUCCGGAAUCUGGUCAACGGGCACUGAUUGGUCGACGUUCAUAUUUAGUAAUUCUACUUUUUUUAAGUGAGUGUAGUGAAAUAUCAGUGGUUUUCUUUCUUUCUAAUAGUGGUCUCCAUUUUUGGCUUGUAGGUGUUCCCCUGCAUUUUUCUUAGAAGAGCGCCAAGCUCUGGAGGAGAAACGAAGGAAGAUCCGCAUGCUCCAACAGCGGAAGGUUAGCACCUUCAAUUAUCAACAAUGGUUUAACUUUAUUCGUUAUUAUUAAUUCAUUAGAUCACCCAGACUUCGCCAACCUCGAAAUGGCCAUUGGAAAGAUCACAUUACCGUUUCACGUUUCAUGUUUCACGUAGCCUUUUCACUGAGUAUCUAGAAAAAACCGGGUUAGGUUUAGUUUCCAUCGUUUGUGAUUUUUUUGGCCGGUUCUCGACUUGGUGAUUUUGCGUUCUAUGUUGGCUGAGGUUUUUAUUCAAUUUCGUUGCGAUUUUCUGAGUUUAUGGCGAGUUGUUGUCGAUUUUGUUGCUAUUUUCGGGUCGUCAUGCAGCGGUUAAAGUUGGGAGUAAACACUUAUCCACUAAGAGACUCAGGGUUUAUUUUUUGCUUCUCUCGAAAAGAUAUUUGCCGGCAAAUGGGUCAAAAUGAAAUCAAACAAGGUCGAAACAACGGCGGUUUCGCAGCGACAAAUCGUCUUGCAAUCGCAGGAAAAAUCGUACUUAAAGUCUCCCGUGUAUAAUGGUCCUUACAGAUAACGUCUGCGAAGGUCUGUCUUAAGGCUGAUUUAGACGGUACGAUUAUUGCUUACGACUAUCGUGCGCGACUAGCAUGCGUCAUGACUUCACGACAGAUCGUGGAAUGUAAAUUAGACCCACGACAUUCGCACGACCCAUUGUGGAUGUCGUAAGUGAAAAUUGUGCGCGUGUGGAUGGUCGAAAGUCAAGACGUAUGCUAGUCGCGUACGAUAGUCGUGAGUAAAACUCGUACCGUCUAAAUCAGUCUUUAAGGGCACCCUCCUCUUGAAUGAAACACUGCAUGUUUUAAUCCCGCCCUACUGUUGUUUACAUUUCAACAGGUCAGUGAACUUAGCAGGUUCAAGGAUUUGCCAGACGAGGUCCCACUACCCUUGGUGAUUGGAACAAAAGUGACAGGUUGUUUGAUUUCCUUUCUCUUUAUUUUUCUUCGCUGUUGUUGUUCUUUAAAAAGACUUUUGUAAGGCAACAAUAACAGGGUAUUCGGAUAGGCCCUUUGCAACUUUGGGUCACGUGGUUAACUAUCUCUAGCAGGAAUAAAAAGAGCACAAGAAAAUUAGCUAAGGUGUAAAUUUUCAGGCCUACAAAGUUAAUAGGGAAACACGUUUAACACGCUGUCGCCUUACUACUUCUUUUCUUUUAUUCAGCCCGUCUUCGAGAACCUCAAGAUGGUCUUUUUACUGGGCAGAUUGAUGCUGUUGAUACUGCCAACUACUCGUACAGAGUCACUUUUGACCGACCAGGUUUGUGAAUAGGGAUUUUAAAAUGCCACGACGGCGACGACAACGAGAACGUCGAAAAAGAUUUCUGGGUCUGUUACCAGGGACAGGGGGAAAAAAUUGGCCAAUAGCUGACCUUAACGAUCCCAUUAACAACUGCGGAAGACAUUUCGGCACCAGUCCCCUUAUCGGCUCCUAAGUGGCGAAUCACCAUUUUGAGAUGGCGCGUGAGUCUGGGUCGGUGCUGUCUCGAAUUGCACUAAUUGUGUCUGGUUUAUAGACACCAGUGCGUCUUCCAUCGACCUCUUGAGAAGUUGCGCAGAAAAGCGAGUCAAAAUUCGCUUGCCAGAUCAGAUAGGUAGUGCAAUUUGACGCAGCAAUAACAAAGCCUCAAGGGCAACUUAAAAAAUGCCAAUGAUAUUUAUUAUGUUGAUAUUCUCCGACACAGCCGUUUUUUUCUUUUCUCGCCAUAGAGGAGCGUUGCGUGACGAGACAAAAUCGGAUACGUGAGGGACAAUGCUCUUGAUGACUCUCAAUCCUUAUAAAUAGUCCAACUUUGUGCUUCGUGCGAAAUUCUGGAAGUUUAUUGGCUGAUUGGGCUCUGUUUAUUGAGCCAAGGCCACAAUCUUUUAUGCAUUAGUGUUCGUUUUGAAUAUUCUGCAGAAUUGUUUUAACUAUACAUUAACUUUUACUUGAAUGUGUUACCUUUAUUUUGAAAGCAGAUUUCAAUGUUUUUAUGCCAUUAUUUGGACAUAAAAUGUAGUUUGAAUUUUUGCUUUUCAGUCGCUGACUUAGAUUUUUUUUUACUAUAAUUCGUUUUAGCGAUCCAGAACCCCCAGCAGAGAGGUCUCCCAUUCAGAGAUCCCUUUUUCGUGAUUUUCUUGCAAAGAAGCCGCAAAGCGUCUUCAUGUGGGUUAAUUUGCCGUUAGAGCAAUCGCAUCAGUCCCCAACCUUUCAAUAAGAUAGUUUUAUUACUGAUUUAUUUAUUCAUUUUUUGUUCGUUUGCAGUUUGUUUGUUCAUGUUUUAAUGUCGUGAUAUUAUCAUUCUCUACAACAGGACUUGGUAAUCACUCUGUACCGGAUAUUGAAAUACUGGUAAGUUAGUACCUGUCAAGGGUAAAGAGAUCUCUCACACCAUACCAGAAUGAGCACGAUUCAGUAUAGGAGGGUGCAGAAAAGGGCAAAAUACCACGCUGACCCGAAAAUGUCCAUGAAAAUCUUGUUCCAUUACCCACCUACCUUUCCUUUCAUCUAAUCCUAAGAUCCUAAAAGCUUUUCAAUAAUCUUUUCUCACCAAAAUGAAGCCUACUAAAUGCCCAGGAAAAGAAAAAAUGAGGCAAGAAAAGCGAAAAAAGAGGGAAGGAGAGAAAACUAAAUUUUGCCUUCGGCGCAUGCCCGAACUUCAGAAGCAAAUAUUUUGCAUCUGGAUCAGAAGGCCGCGAAGUGCACGCCGAGCAAACGGUUUUGUGGUAAGUUUUCGCUGUUUAUAACCAGGCAGUGACAGAAAACGGCUCGACUAGCUUCAAAACGCGAUUCUCGGCGAAAUUCCCAUGGUUGAAUAGGUUAAAAUUUGUCUCUAUUAAUGUUUUGUUCUUUGUUAUUUUCAGAGUGAGGAUAUGCAUGACACGAUGCCUAUAUCCUCAUUUCUUCAAAAGGAAAGACCACGCACCGCUGCAUUCUCUCCUGCUUACACCCCACCAAGGUACUCUAAAAGCGGCAAACUGCCAACCUACCCCUCCCCUAAAUCAACGUUAACACUAAAAUCUCACCUAGGGCAAAAUGGUAGGUUAGGGGAGGGGUGGGUGGACACUUUCCCAGACUCUUAUCCUGAACCACACAUCCUAUGUCAACAAAUGUCAACACAAGUCCAAAACGUUUUCAAGUUAAAGGCUUUUUGUUUUUCGGCCUAACCAGAGAACGUUUUGAAUCUUCACUUGGCUUAUCCUGGUUGAAUGAUGAACGGUAAAAAUUCAUCAUCUCAAAGUUGGGUUUUUGUAUACUUCAUAAAGAGGUAACCAAAUCUUGGCUAGAAUAAUGGCUGAUCGCAAACACGUGCUCUUGAUCCAUUAUAUUCUUGAAACGGGAUAUGCGUAUACGUCUACUCGGUGAGGGAAUGUUUAGUAAAUUCUCUAACAAGCAAACAGUUUUUCCUGUUUAAGUCACUAAUUAAGACCUUCUGAUCGGAUCUUUUUUUUCGUUUCUGCGAUGGUAUAAACGAAUAAUUUUAUGCUUCGGUCCAUGUUUUACCUCAGCAAGCAAGGGACUUUUCAACUCUCAAAUUUCCUCAUUGGUUGAAGAGCGUUUUUGUCUUUUUCCUCGGUCGUCACCUCCCCCCUCGAUUAGCUUAAGCUAACUGCGGGUUGUGUGAAAUGUUUCUUUUUUUGUCUUUUCAGUUUACUUUAAUUCAUUACUUGUAUAGUUUUUCAUGUGCAAUUAAGUGGUUGUUGUUGAAGGGGGUGCAAUCGCUUGGGCGAAAAAAAAUAGGCUUCUGUCCUUUCCAGUCUCUGUUCUUUAUUUCACCGCUGAUACAGUCCCAUCUUCUGUGAUUUUAGUCUCUUUGAAGGUUCACUUAAUUAUGGUUCUCAUUAGCCGUAAAAUCUUCAAGUUCCAAUGCUAUCGUCAACUUUCAUAUUGAAUCUUCCAGUGUCAUUUUAUAGUACAAUAACCGAAGAUUUUUUUGCGCUGAUUGGUUGAGAUCUAUGGUUGAUGAGAGUUUUGGUCAUGAAAACGAUGGAUUAAUGUCGCAAUUUGUUGUUCUUUUUCUCUCGCGAGCGAUUGCCAAGACACUUUACUGGAAAAAAGCGUCAAAAAUUUUUCUGUUAUUUUAAAAAACAAAUGACAACAGUUUUCCUAUCGACCAUAAAAAAAUAACGUCAAAAUGUUGAGAACUUUGCAGUGACUGACAAACGCCACUCGUCUGCGGCUUGUCCCAUUUGAGUUUUAAACAUUUUGAUGUCAUUUCUAUGGUCGACAAGACUAUAGACCAUGGAAAAUGGUUAGUUUUACUUUCUCUGGCGUUUUUACACACGAAAUAGUUUGACGUGAAAUGUUACACUCGCUGUUGUUGAUGUAAAAUUCUCAAGCUCAUUAAGUAUUCAUGUAGCAAAAGCCAAUAAAUGACGACCAUUUGGGUCAUGUGGAUGAAUCUUGAUACCUUAGGAAACGUCAGAUAAAAAAACCACCAAGUCUCAGCCAUCUGAGGUCAAACACUUGCAUUUAAAUUUGAUGUUGUAUUGACUAACACAACCCAUGGAAACAUAUCCUGGGUACCAGAGGUUUUUCUCGCGUGCGGCGGGAAUUUUCGGUGUUGGCCGAAGGCUGACACAUCUUCGGCCGUAGGCCGAAGCGACGAGCGGCGAAGACUUGACAGAAACCGGAAACCGCGCUAGAAAAGUCUCUGGCACCCAGGGUAAUGGAAACAAUGCAAUAUCAGAGAAAAAAUGUCACUGCAUAAUUCCUUAUUGCUUCAUUUGAGAAGACAUGUCAAAAACUCGGGCUUCGUGCUUCAUCAUCGGUUCCAAAGACCUCGAAACAGCCGGCCUUGUGCUUUUAUCUGUUUUCUGUGUUUGCAACCCGUCAUUAAGCACUCACCCUCGUUUUUGAUAUAUUACUUAUUGCUUUCUCAGGCUCCUGCCCGCUGGUGGUGAUUUGAACAGUCCAAAUAUGGUAAGUUCAUGUCGUUUUAUUAUCUCAUUGCGUUAGACCUCAUUUCAGUAGUAUCUUCCACGCUCACACAGCCAUGCUAGUUUCAUCGUUUUGUGAAAAUUCGUUAGUGCUGUAUGACCAAGACACUGCACAUGAUUUUAAAUGAGGCUCAAUGGUAAUCACUGAAGGUUAACUGUAUCCAGCCGUUCCUAGUCGGCGGUUUUAUCAAUUCAUUCUGUGGAGCGGGGGAGGCAGGGGAUUCUAGAAGUACCUACCUGGGCUUUUGCGUGUCCAUCUGUGCUUGGAUUGGGUCAUCUCGUUUUCGUCCCUGCCUCCAACUUUUUUGUAUAGACCGCAGAUGGUCUAUACCUAGGGUGAAACCGAAACUUCGUUCCUGCCCUGGGCAUUUGCUGUAUCCUACUAUUUUGCGACCUGUAUGGCAAUCCAUUAUCUCAAUAAGCUUCUAGUUCAUCACGUCAGUAACCAUCUGUUUUAUUUGAAAGGUUCAUGACCCCCUCAUAGGAGCGUCACCAGGAAGGUAAGAAAAACACCUAUAUUUAAAACCAUAGUAGAAAGGACUUUUUAUGAAAGAGGGCUAACAUCGAAGAUAUAAACAACAGUGCUUCACUUUAUGUUGGAAGCUCCCUGACGGUGCACAAUCCUUUGUUCUUUGUUCACAAAUUGUGACGGAAUAAAUCAAUGCGACGUUUUUGUUGGUCAGUAAGAUCAAAAUGAUUGGAACGCUAUUGUACGUUGUGCAUGGUCAAGUUCCACAAAAACGUAUAUUAAGGGAGUCUGACGGGCUUCAUAAUCAUUCCACUCUAUUGGCUAUGGUAUAACUUAGUUGUAACUCCAUAAUUCAGUGUUUAGCCUGCCCCUUCUGGGAGAAGUCAAUCACCACGCCUCUCGGGUUGUAUGAUGCCAGUCAGUGUAAAGGAGGACGUUGUUGCUUGCCAUCGGGAACUGUCUUAAGCCCCUCGGUAGCCACAGAAAUUAAAAACUAUAGAGGCCCGUUUAUAUGGAGAAAGCAGCUGCCCCGAGAGAGAGUCACCCUCUUAGCUGAGUCGUCGUUAGUGAGCAUUUAUGUGAGAAAACCGUUAACCCUUUUGCCCAAACGAAGAGCGCUCGCGCAUUUUCUGAUUGUUUCGCCUUGACCGAGUUGACCUGGCUGGGCAUGCCAAAAGUGCUUACGUGGAGAAAAACGAGGGUGACUCUAUGACUCUAUCAUCGAAAAAGGCGGUCAUCCCUCUAGCCCAGCCAACUUUUUGUUUCUCAUGUGAACGGUUCUCCAAGUUUUUUAAGGAAAUGUAGGAAUAGUAGGCUGGCGAGGAUAACUUGGGUAGGCGAGUGACCCUUGUGCGCGGACAAAUUCAAUCCAUAUUUAGGGGGCUCAAAUAGAAUUCAUUUUGCACCUAUGAAAUGAACAAUUUUGUUGGACUCACGUUGAGGAGUUUAAACAGCGGUCUUUGAAAAGACCAAACACCCCACAUCUUAAUCCCAUCCCCUUCACCAAGUACUUGUCCUAACUCUGGUCUAACAUAGAUAAAUGGUUCUAACUAUGGUUCUUGCUGGUUUAACAGAUUGCGACUUCAAGAUGCCAUCUCCCAGCAGGGACAAGGUACUCCUCGCAUCAUCCAUGUUAUCUUUGUCUGUGGCGUGAAAUAUGAACUGUCAUCAUCAACAAUAUCACCUGCAUUUUGUCAAUUUUUUUUUUUUUUAAAUUCACCUCUUAUUUGUUGUGAAGGUUACAGUGUUUAUUUGCUUUUAUCUUUUAAGGUGGCACUUUGGGCGGAUUCCCCAUCAGAUUUCUGAUUCUUGUGGUAAGUGGAGCUUAAAUCGACGGUUAUUAUCAAGUAAUAAUUGUAAAUGUUUACCGUUUAGGAUGUUUUCGACAGGGUAAAACUUAACUCCUGUCAUCCCUGUUUCCCCUGUCAUGGAGGGAGUAGUGAACUGGACAGGAUAAUUGUCAAUGGCCAUGGCGUUAAUCUUGAUCGCGAUCACGACACAGCACUCUUACUCUUCACGCUUCACGCGCGCGCGAACGGAGCCUCACACCUAAGAAAAUUUGGUAAUCUAUCUAUCCGGUAAUCACGUGACCGUACGCCUGUCCAUCCGCACCUCAGGGAAACCAAUGUGAAAUGUCAAACUUUCUAGCUAGUGUGGAAGCCUGUAGCCUGUGUUAGGGGUUAGGUCUUUCAAUUUUUUUUCUCUUAUAGUGGCUUUAAUAUUUAGCCAGUUAAAAUAAUUGUGUUGAUUGAAUAUAGCCUCAGUUUCUUGAUUAAGAGUAUUCAGUAAUAACUCAAGAGUUUUGGUAUUAAUCUUUUUUUCAGACAAGGUUAUCUAAGAUCCUGUUGGUAAAAAAGGAAUGCAUAGAAAAACUGAGAGACAUGAACACACAAGCAGAGAAAAUGGUACUACAGUCAUUUUGUUUUCAUAGUGUAUUACUUCUACUCAUCACCGGCACGUAUUGUCAGCAAGAUACGCCUCUAGGAAAAUCUUUUAAGUCGUAGAAUUUUAGAUUUUCGCGACGCUGUACAGCCCUGGAGGUUCUAGUUUAAGUGUGGAUUGUGGAACUUUGGUUUUAAGUUACAAAAUCACCAGGAAUUGCCAAAAUGUUUGUUGAACCGGGUCACAGGCUAGGGUCACUGAGGCAUAACGUUUUUAAAACCUUCUUAAGAUGUCAGGGGAAUAAGCAAACAGCUGAUUAUGUGUUGUGUUGGCACUGAAACGCGAAGAUGUCAUUUUGUUAAGUCUGCUGCACUUGUAAAUCUGCUUCUUCUUACUUUAUGGCAGUGCACCUGUAGUCUGCAGAGGAGGCGUUUUUUUCCCCUUUAACGCGAGCUUGUUACAUUGAUCGCAGUCGCCGAAAUCAUUUUUUGACUCGCCCGAACUCUUGGUCAGUUUUAACUUCCAAGAUGGCGGGAGAGUAUGAUUCUCAAGAAUAUUAUUAUCGCUCGCACUGCAAAAUACGCCUUCUUUUCAUGCUAGCGCGCUUGUGAUAUAGUGCAUGUUAAGUGACUCAAAACACUUUUUGUAUAGAAAUCAUAUCAAGAGCCCAUUGAUAAGGAAUUCCAAAGACGAUAUGCAUCCGUGGUGUUGGAGUUAGAACGGCUUAAUAAGGUAUGUGAUUUCUGUGUGCAAAUUGUCACUGCAAUACUAAGGUGAUUGAGUGAACGUUUAUCUUGGCUUGGUAUUUGUUGAUAAGUUAAUAACGUGACAGUUGAUGUCUCAUAACUCUACGGUUACUUUGAUCUCUUAAGUGUUAGUAGCCCCCUAUUUCACACAGUUUCAAGGCAAUGCUUUAAGUUAGCCAAUCUGUACCUCAGCUUGGUUUUUGAUUGACUUAUCUAAAGGAGUUUGCCUGUGCUCGUUUUUAUAUUCGUUACAGGAUCUCAAUGAAUACUUAACAGGAGUCCAGGAAUAUUGCCAAGAGGUAUGUACAGUUUACACAAUUUCUAUCACGCAUUUUACACUUUUUACGUUGUAUUUAUUUUAUUUUUUUUGUAAUACUCUCCUUGGUUAUCUGCUUCCUUUUCUUUCUUCACGGCAAAUUCGCGGAUGCGUUCCUGCAGGUUAAUAGUAGUUUCCAUCUCUCAAACUGACUUUAAAGUUCACUUUUAAUUACUUUAGAGAAAUAGACAAAAAUCAAGGUAGAGUAAACCUCAAACUCGACUGAUUCCAGUUACUCGGACUAACUUUUGGAAGCUUAAUAAAUUUCAAAAUUAUUAGCGGAGCUCUCGCGCGCGCAAAGCGCGCGAAGCAGGGCUCCAUGGGUAAGAAAAUUUGGUUAUCUAUGCAUCCGAGAAAUUUUGGUGGUGACUUGUAGUCGCGUGACCGUCCGUCCGUCCGUCCGCAUCACAGGCAUACCAAUGUAAAAUAACUCAAUCAACAGGUAUGGCAACCCAAAUGCAACUCGAGAUUGUUUUGGCGGGAAAUCGCAUGGCUAACCGCGUCUUGUGAAGUGGAGACAUUUAAAGAGUCAAUAAAGACAAAAUGAAGAGCGGAAAUUGUUUCUAUAUCCGUGUUGUCUAGCGUAUUAUGCUUAGAUUAAUUGUCAUGUCCACAAAUUUGGAAUAUCGAGAAAGAGAAAGACAGAGAAAACGAGGAAGUAGGCGACAGGCUAGCGAAGCUCGACGAGGAAAAGAGCGACAGAGAGCGAGAGAUAAAAAAGACGAAGCCGAAUUUCGUUGGAACAACAACAUGACACACGCUCUCCCUCCCUGCUUAACCGGAGCUCUAUUUUCUUAGAGCCUGUUUACAUGGAGGUGGGGGAUCCCAGGUAGGUGAGGUAACCCGCUUAGGUGGGGUAACCUGCCUGGUCCAUAUAAUCUCUCAUUUUAGUGUGAUCAUGUUUACAUGAAAGGUGGGGUGAUCCGCCACAUGUUACCGCACCUAUCUGGGUCCCCCACCUCCAUGUAAACAGGCCCUUAGUUCUAUUGGUUGAGUAAUCGACAACAAGGAACACGCACAACUUUACGUAAACCGCAUAAGGUGUUCAGCCUUAGUUCAUGAAUUGGAAACUGGAAACUGAAUAAAACAGAAGAGAACGAAAAAAAAAAGGAAUCACCUAUUUAAGAUCAUUUUUUGCCUGUUUGUUUUAGCUUGCCCCAGAUCAGGGAGUUCAGUCCAUGGAUCAAACCACCAGUGUUAGAAAGAGAUGUGACGAAGAAGCUGCCCGAGUCGUGGAGUUGAAUAACGUGGGCUUGUAAGUAGUAAAUUACAUAUUUAGAUGCUAUUCCUCCUUUGCGCCGGGUGUCGCAAAUCAUGAACAAUGCUCACCCACUUAAGUGUCUUCCUUGCAUCAUUUGUGACCUCCUUCAACGUCUUCGUGUAACAUAGCAGCAGUGGAAGCAACGCCAACCAAACGCAGUGAAGUUUACUAAAUAGUGACCCAAUGGGGUGCGAAGGAGCAACAGCCAGUCACAGACGGUUCAAUAUUCGUCGAUCAUCUAUCAACCUAAUUCUGUCUUCGUUCAACAACGUUCAACAUAUUGAACACCAAUUUGAACUGCGUGUCAUUUGUCACUGGCCUUUUUGUCCUUGCAAACUACACGGUUAUUAUUAUUAUUAUCAUCAUCAUCAUCAUCAUCAUCAAGACCUAAGUUAUUACUUAAACGAACGAGAAAAUUGAGUAGACCAAUCAAAACUGAGAACAAAUACAUGUAGCACGUGUAAAACCAAAGCGGUUAUCAAAGCGUUCUCGACACGUCUUUGUGAAACGCACCACAAGUUGGCAAUGGACGGAUCAUUAGAAAAGUGAUGGCGGGAAGGGGGAAGGGGUGGAGGAAAAAAAUUAUUGCAAACCAAAUUGCCUGAAAAAAAAAAUUAUGCAAACCAAAAGUGACCAAAAAAAUAUCCCUACAGAAGGAGAGUUAACCUUCGAGGUAUAAAAACAAGUAAUAAUAAAGCCAGAUUCCGUCUGCUGAACCUAGAUAGAAACUAUGACAGAAUGUGUGGUACAGUAGACCCCGCAACUAAGAACUUGAAUUUGAAGAACCUGUUAGGCAAAAGUUUGCCAGUUAAGCCCCCUCUAUAUAAGAACCUCUGUAGCCUAAAAUUUAAAACAGGUUCUUAUUUUCUAAAAUCUAUGAAAAAAUGCUUUACACUUGGGAAAUAAGAUAAGUCAACAUUCAGAAUCAUCUUUGGAGACAUAGGUGCCUUAUCAUUCCAACUGCAAGAUGAUGGUAUGCAGAUUUUAUAUGAGGAAUAAGCUGAACCACUAAAUACUCUCAGCUAUAUUGAGUUUUUUCUUCAGAAAAUAAAAACCUAUUUAAGAACCUUAAGGGGCUAAACUUGUGCUAACUACCCUUGAUAUAAGAACCUGUUUAAGCUAACUUGGAAAAAUCCGGGUUCUUAGUCGCGGGGUUUUACUGUAAUGUGCCUUAACCCACAGGCUCCCCUCCCCCUCCACCCACACCUUCAACAUUCUUGGAUCAACAACCACCAAUCCAUGUCAACCAUCAGGUGUGAAAUGAGUCGAUAUGAGUUCAGUCUUUCUCAAAGUCCAAUGAAUUACAUGAAUAAUGUCCGAAGUGACUACAUAGUGAGGCAAAUAUACUUAAUAUGUAAUAUGCUUUAUUUUUGUACGUUAAUUCUAUGAACAAUACACCGAGCCAACUUUUAUUUUCUUUAUGAUGGGCUGUGCGACAGAGAUAGCAGAGGCAAGGCUAAUCGGAUUAAAAAUUUGCAGAGGGAAGCUUUCCACACCUAAUGGAUUCCUCCUCUCCCUAGUUGUACACAUCGAGAAAAAACCUGUUGAAUUAGAGUUGUUGUGUAGUGUAUCUUUUCAUCUGUGGUAAUUGUAAAGCGCAAAUGCAAGAAUAGAGAGUAGCGAUUUUACAGUUUGUCUCCACCAAAAAAAUUCCUGCGGAGGGCGUUACUCUGGAAAAAAUUCCUGCAUCAACAAUGACCGGAAAAAAAUUCCUGCAAACUGAAAAUCCCCCACCCCUCCCAUUAUUACUUUUCUAAUGGUCCCUCCCUAACGAUGUUUCUUAUUUGUUGUCUUUUCCAGGGGUGCUAUAACAAGUCAGCCAUUGAUUCGAAUUGUCUCAGGCCUGACAUCUCUUAUGCUUCAAAUUAAGGUAUGCUUAGGUUAAAAUUACAGAAUUAGAAUCCCGAAUUCUCGAACCCUCGGUUUUUCGAAAUUCCCGAUAAUUUGAACCAAACCUAGCCUGUAUCCGAGACGAAAUUUAACCCCGAUUAGGGACGUCUGCAUAGUACCGAGAUUCUUGUUCUGGGCCUCCAACGGAUUCAAUGAAUUACCGGAAGUACGUUUCGAAUUUCCUUUCAUCCUGAUUGGCAAGCCGACAAUACCUUUUUUUACUGGCCAAUCAUUGCACGUACUCAAAUCCUGGUACACAGGUGGAAGCCCAGAACAAGGAUUUCGACGCUGUUUCGCAGAUGGACUUAAGUUUCGUCUGUGACGCAGGCUAAACCAAGCUUAACUUCCCUUCACAAGUCAAAUACUGUAACUUUUCUACCGAUUUUUCAAACCUCCUAAUAACUCGAAACAAUCGUGCUUUUCCCGAGUUGGUUCAAAAACUCGGGUUUCCACUGUAUUACAUUUUAUCUUGCGCCAGCCCGGUUUAUGGUUAACUAAAGCCUAACGGUUGUGGUUUGUGUUCAGUCAUUAGCUGAGAAUGACCUCAACACUUUUGAGUUUAAAUCACUCUCUGAUGCUGUGGAUGAAAUCAAGAAAACUAUUGACCCUUCAAACAUCAGGUGA